CGGAAGUAUGUUUAUUAAAGGCGGGAGCAGGAAGUUGAGUCUUAAACGCUAGCUAGCAGCAGUGACACUGGAUUUCUGAGAGUGCUGAGUGCGAUACCUUGAGGAAGGGAAAGACACCACACCUACGCCAGCAAUGUCAUCAACAUCACAGAAACACAAGGAGUUUGUGGCCGAGCCCAUGGGUGAGAAGCCAGUGAUGGCACUGGCUGGAAUUGGAGAAAGGCUCGGAGAAAGACUGUCGGAAAAAGGCUUUGAUAAAGCGUACGUUGUUCUCGGCCAGUUCCUGGUGCUGAAGAAGGAUGAAGAGCUGUUUCGGGAGUGGUUAAAGGAUACCUGUGGGGCGAAUGUGAAACAGCAAGGUGACUGUUAUGGCUGCCUUCGAGAAUGGUGUGACUCCUUCCUGUAAUUAGGUUUCUUUUUUUUUUUUUAAACCCUUUCCAGAAGAGACAUCAGUAGUCAUCAGCACAGCUUUAGCACUACAGUGUGAGUAGGAUGUUCAGACACCGACAUCAGGAUUAUACCACCUUGUGUGUUUUUAUGUUUGGGAAUUAGAGUAUUUUGGCAACUGUUUUUUGUUUUACGCUCCUUAAUCUACAUCAUACUGUUCACACCAUGCAUGUAACUGUUUUGAUUCGGUCCUCCUGGUGUUGAUCAUAUCGCGCGAGUUAAAGCUGCUCCUCCCUGAUGGUUUUCUUUAUGGAACGGACAAAACCGUUUUAUGACCUCAUGCUGACGCGAAGUUGAAGUUUAAUUUUCAUGUCUACACGUGUUUUAACUGAAAAUUGCUACAUUUAUAUCAAACUAUUCACAUGAAACUUGUUUUAAUCCGAUGUUCAAAAUAAAUGUGGUUCAGCUGAACGGCUGUUA